UUGAUCCAAUUAGGAUUUCAGUUCCAGUUAAUUUCAUCUUCUGAAUUCGGUAAAGUUGUUAUUAGAAAGGAUGAGUAGCGUGUUCGAAGGAUAUGAACGACAGUACUGCGAGCUUUCUGCUAAUCUAUCAAAGAAAUGCACUGUAGCUGCUUCUCUUGAUGGAGAGCAAAAGAAGCAAAAGGUUUCUGAAGUAAAGACUGGAAUUGAUGAGGCAGAAGCUUUGAUUCGAAAAAUGGACCUUGAGGCAAGAAGUUUGCAGCCGAACGUUAAGGCCGUAGUUCUUGCUAAGUUGCGGGAGUAUAAAUCAGAUCUGAACAAUAUUAAAAGCGAAGUUAAGAAAAUUGUAGCGGGUAACUUGAAUCCUUCUGCUAGGGAUGAGUUGUUGGAAUCAAGCAUGGUAUAUGUUGUGACGGCAUCAGCUGAUCAAAGAGAAAGAUUAAUGGCAUCAACUGAGAGGUUGAACAAGUCUGGUGACAGAAUUGAGGAAAGUAGAAGAACAAUGUUUGAGACAGAAGAUCUUGGGGUUUCUAUUCUUCAAGAUUUGCAUGCACAGCGACAGUCUCUACUGCAUGCAAAUAACACGCUUCAUGGAGUAGAUGAUAAUGUAGGCAAGAGCAAGAAAAUUUUGUCCAACAUAUCAAGAAGGAUGAGCAGGAACAAGUGGAUUAUUACCACCAUUGUUAUUGUCAUGGUUCUUGUUAUAGCCUCGAUCCUGUACUUUAAACUUUCUAAGUAGCCAAUGCAGGCCCAGUUUUCUUCCCUGGUCGUUGAGUGCUUGGGAAAAGAUGCUAUGUUGGGCAACGGUAUAAGAAAAUUUGGUGGCGUUUUCUUCUUUGAAGUGUAUGAUUAUUGACGAGAGUAUGCUGGUUUUGUAAUAUAUGAAAAUUUGCUUUCUUUUUUGUGUAACUAGUGUCAUAUCUUUCUAAAAUGGUAUUACUCUUGUAAUAUCAUUCCCCCAAAAGAGGUUCAAAAUUAUCAAAUUGUUUUCA